AUGAAAACUAAAGCGAAUCCCAAGAGAAUGUGGUCUCCGGUGCAGGCGGUGGGCGUGUUGUCCAACCAUAACAAGGGCUCACCGGUGGCCCGAAGUAAGCACGCGAUGUGUGUCACACAUGACGGACACAUCUAUCUAUACGGCGGUCGCAGCGCUAAUCUGCCGCUCAAAGACUUGUGGCGUUUCGAUGCCGGACAGAACCAAUGGGAGGAAGUCCUCUGCAGAGGACAACUGCCCCCUAAUCUUCAGGAGCACACAAUGAUUGCUUGGAAUAACAAACUCUAUGUAUUCGGCGGUGAAAUCGGUUUCUCAUCCAACGGAGAGACACCGCUUUGGAUAUUAGAUUUGUACGACAUUUUCGAUCAUAAGACGACAACCACUUGGAGAAAGACGUCUAAUCCAUUGCCGUCAGCGUCGCCGGCAAUGGCGCCCACAGGCAGGAGAGGCCACACAACUGUCUUAUAUGGCGAUGCGAUGCACGUCUACGGAGGCUAUCAAGACCUCCGCGGGUCGUCAUCUGAGUUGUGGACAUUUGAUUUCAGGGCUGUGAUAGGGGUUGUGUUGGUCUCCAACUGGAAGCUUCCCCGCAUUCAAUAUACGACAUGUCAGUCAUAUAUACAUACAUACGACACGAAUUUAAUUCACUUCUUUGUCGAAGACUACAUGAUCUCUAACGCGAAUCCAAGAGUAAACCCCAACUAUCCAAUGCCAUCGAUUCUCCAGAGUUUAGUAUAUAACUCGAUUGGAUCGACAUUUAUUGCCAUCCAUACCAUCAAUCAGACGAGUCUUUACUCUCGUUUAUUGGACUCAAGAGAUUGGUUGAGUCCAAUCACAGAACAAUGGCAUCUAAUGAGUAGCCCGACCUCAUCCCAAGACCACCCGCCCUCGAGACACACCCACUCAGCCGUUAUGCAUAAUAACUCAAUGUAUAUCUACGGAGGAAUGACUGAUUUGAUUGUGAGAUCAGAUUUUUGGAAAUGGGAUUUCCGGACCAGACGUUGGCAUCGGAUUAAGGCAAAUAAAAGUCCCGGUGAAUUGUCCGGACACACAGCUAUUGAAGCGUUUAAUUCAAUGUUCAUUUUUGGUGGUGAAAAAUCGGGAACUUUGUUACGAGACUUAUGGCGAUAUCAUUUCAAGACCGAGCACUGGGAACGCGUCAAUGCAGAGGGAAUUAUACCCAAUUCUCGGUGCAGACACGUGGCAGUGGUUAAUCCAUUCCUCGACAUUGCCAAAGAGAUUGAAGAAUGUAAUAAAAAUAGUAAUAAUACUAAUAGUAAUAAUAAUAAGAUUCUUCGUUUGAGUUCAAAAUCCAAUUGCAUAACGAGAUCUCAGAGCGACAGUAAGGCAUUGGUAUCGGCGCCACAGAAAUCUAUAUCCAUGUGUUUCGGACAACCGACUGAUACACCGCUUCAUGAAAACGGAAAAGCAUUAAAACAUUUCAAAUUACGAGUCCAUCCAAUGUCUGGCUUUUGUAGCGGAAGAAGCGCUACACUCUCUGAUGAUGACGAAGAGGUGGACAAUGGGAUCAAUACUCUUGUUAACGAGAACUUUGGCGCAGACUUUGAGAGUCGCAAUCCUCAGGUGACUAUGAGAAAAAGUCUUAAGGAGAAGAUAUCUCGAAGUCGUCUCGUGAGAAGUAUUUCCACCAAUAGUUACAAUAUUUUACACCAAAACAUAAUAUCUACCGAAGAAUUAAAGGACGAAUUGGAGAAAUUAGUGGAGGAAUCGACGCCUCAAAUGCAGAGACCGAAUACAAUGACCAAUAAAACUGAUGGCAAUUAUCAUCGCUUGAAGAAUCGGACAAAAAUGCCCAAAUCUAUCAGUUCUAACGCUGUCUUAGAGUCUGACAGUGAGUCUUCCACUCCACAGCACCGCUCAAACCGUCCGCUCUCUGAAGUCAUACAAACCCAGUCUGUGGUCACACCUCUCGAAGACGACCUCAAGUGGAUUAAGAGACGCACUGUUCACGAGUCGAUGUCAUACUAUAGUCUUUGUUUUCCUUCGCCACCGAAUCGCAGUAAAAGCGGUUCCGAGUCGUCGACCACUUCUAUUGAUAAUAACAUCACUGGACAACAACUGCCCAAUCGUUUCAUUCCUUCCAGUUUUGACAGAUCUCUAUCAGAGUUUGACGAAGACUUAGAAAAUUUACAAUUAAUUGGAAAUAUUCGUCCGAUUGAUGACAAAAGUCUCUCUCCCGAAGAGAGCACAUCCACAUCGACUCCACUCAUCGAACUGGACGACCAAAACGCCAAUAUUAUGACCAUUUCAUCGCCGGUUGAAUCGGUUGAAUGCCGACCGAAGUCUAGCGGAUAUAACUCUUCGCUAACGCUUUACACACCAAGUGUUGAGAGCAGAGGAAUCCCUCACUCGGUAUCUCACAGUUCGGGUUACCAUUCAUUCACCGACGAAGCCAUGUAUGAUCACAGAGAGUUUGCCGGUGUUCUGCAGACUUCUGCCAUUCCUCGUCGUAUGUCCGGCCGAACCACCAAAGAUCUGAUGGAACUCAAGAACUUAAGCGCAAGACUUGGCGAACAGAUUCAGAUUCAAAGCCAAAUCGCUGAAAACGGGAAUCCAGUGACUCUUAGACUCAAAGAAAACCGUGAGAACAGUAGAGCCCGUUCUUGGGAUAGGGCUUCCAACAGACGGGACGGCUAUCUUAGCUCCAGAGGCACAAUGACUAAUGGCUGUGAGAGUGCAAAGAUCUCGUGGCAGCCAAACAUCAAUGUCAUCAAAGAGGUUGUGGUUCCGGCCUCACCGGCCAGUCGUAAGUGGUCUUACAGUCCGGCCAAAUCCAAACUACAUCAACACCAUUGGCAGCUCUGUAUGUAUAUCUUCGGCGGUAAAGAGGAUGGCGUUACCGGAGUAUACAAACAGCCGAUGACUGUCUGGAAUGUAGCACAAAGGGUGAGUCUAACCGGCGAUCGAUUGUAUCGAUUAAUCGCUUCAUUCAAUGUCUUCUCGUGUGUGAAGUCUUUUGUGAAGCUCACUCCAUCGCCACAACACAUGCAAAGAGGAGGGUAUCAGCCGAUGGCGAGUCCGUCACCAAUGAUGGCCACACCGGGUGGCGGACCCAUUGGACCCAUGAAUGCCUCGCCUUCAGUGAGCGGCCAACCCAUGCCUCCCGUCAACAGCGGAUCCACUCCUGCCGUGAAUCCCGCUCUUCGCGGACCACUUAUGGGACCGCAGCGUAUGUUUCAGAGCCCGAACCCACCCGCGGGUUACGGACCCGUCGGCGGCGGACCUCCCGGUCAACGCUUCCCGCCGUCUCAUCACAUGAGAAUGGGUCCCAACGCUCCGCCCUUUGGCCAAAGACCUAUGACUCCCACCCCUCCCGUCGGUGGCCCUCAGGCUAUGAAGCGCUCGGUGUCUGCGAUGAACGGCCCGCCCAUCGGCGGCGGUCUGCCCUCUAAAGGUGUGCCAAUGCCGGGAAUGGGAGCUAUGGGUCCGCCCUCUGGACCGUCGCAUCACUCAAACCCCACAACCACUCCGUCGAAGAAGAAGAAGAAGCUGUCGGACAAGAUAUUGCCGCAAAAAGUACGCGAUUUAGUGCCCGAAUCGCAGGCAUACAUGGAUUUGUUGGCGUUUGAGCGCAAACUGGACUUCACUAUAAUGAGGAAACGGCUCGACAUUCAGGAGGCGUUGAAACGGCCGAUGAAACAGAAGCGCAAACUCCGGAUCUUUAUCUCGAAUACCUUCUAUCCCGGGAAACCCGAGGGCGACGCCAAUGAGGAGCCGUCGGUCCCCUCGUGGGAGUUGCGGGUCGAGGGACGGCUACUCGAGGACCCGAACGCACCCAAAGCCGAUCAAAGCAAACUGAAGCGCAAGUUCUCGUCGUUCUUCAAGAGUUUGGUGAUCGAGUUGGACAAAGACCUGUACGGACCCGACAACCAUCUGGUCGAAUGGCACCGAACGCCCACCACUACGGAGACCGACGGCUUUCAAGUGAAACGUCCGGGCGAUAAGAAUGUCCGCUGCACUAUACUCUUGCUCCUCGACUACCAGCCCCUGCAGUUCAAACUCGACCCACGACUCGCCCGACUGCUGGGCAUUCACACGCAGACCCGACCCGUCAUUAUCAACGCUUUGUGGCAAUACAUCAAAACCCAUAAACUCCAAGACCCGCACGAAAGGGAAUUCAUUAAUUGCGACAAAUAUUUGGAGCAAAUCUUUCAGUGCCAGCGCAUGAAGUUCGCGGAGAUUCCCUCCCGACUCCACCAUCUGCUCCAUCCGCCCGACCCUAUAGUCAUCAAUCACUUGAUCAGCGUUGAGGGCCCCGACAUGAAGAAGACCUCCUGCUAUGACAUCGACGUCGAAGUGGACGACCCGUUGAAGAUUCAAAUGAACAACUUUUUGCUCUCCACUGCGAGUCAACAGGAGAUCCAAUCACUCGAUAAUAAAAUACACGAAACGGUGGACACAAUAAACCAAUUGAAGACGAAUCGCGAGUUCUUCCUAAGCUUUUCGACAGAUCCGCAACAGUUCAUCAGUAAAUGGCUUAUCUCUCAGAUGAGAGACUUGAAGGCGAUGACAGACCAAUUGGGAAAUCCAGAAGAAGAACGCAAUUCGGACUUCUUUUUCCAGUCGUGGACUCAGGAGGCGGUCUGUCGUUACUUCUACGGCAAAGUACAGCAAAGGAGGGCUGAAUUGGAACAGGCGUUGGGCAUCAGGAAUGCCUGAUUUCCUGACCCCUCAUCGUAUUAUCCAUUUAUUGAUCACUUCUUUACGAUAAUUACAUUUUCCCCAUAUUUUUAAAUUUAAUAUUUUAUUUAAAAUAAACCGUAAACUAAA